AUUACCUUCCUCACUCAUCACCGUUUAGGGUUUAUGUCUGAGAUCGGUUGCAGACUAACUGUUCUAACCUUCAAAGCCAUGAAUGCAUCGCAAUCACUCACCUUCUCCGAUCCCACUAUCAUUUUCCCAUUAGCUUAAUCAUAAUCCACAUCAAAAAUGAGGUAUUUGCGAUUCAUUGCCCCACAAUUUUCCCGAUUUCAUAAAACCCUAAACCCCCAAAACCCCUACUUCCAAUGCUUAAGAAUCUUACCCUCCUCCCAAUCCAGUCUCCAUGAAAUUAAUAUCUUUCGUAAGUACACCACGGCUUCGCCGGAGCCAAGGCAACCUCCGCCGGAACGAGUUAUGGCGAUCGCGGAGGAGAUCUCGGGUCUGACGCUGCUCGAGGUCACGGACCUGACCGAGGUACUCCGUGAGAAAUUGGGCGUGAAAGAGAUGCCAACGAUGGUAAUGAUGAUGCCUGGAAUGGGAUUCGGCGACCUAAGAGGCGCUGGGAAAGGCGGCCCCGGAGCAGCGAAGGGAGAGGAGAAGAAGGUAGAGAAGACGGCAUUUGAUGUCAAGCUCGAUGGGUUUGAUGCAGCUACGAAGAUUAAGGUGAUCAAAGAAGUUAGGACGUUUACGGAUUUGGGAUUGAAGGAAGCCAAGGAAUUGGUGGAGAAGGCGCCUACCCUUUUGAAGAAAGGAGUUACUAAGGAGGAGGCGGAGACCAUUAUUGCAAAGAUGAAGGAAGUUGGUGCCAAAGUCUCAAUGGAGUGAGGUAGUGUGAUAUUCAUCAAAUCUCUGAAUUUGGUUCUGGAAUUACGGCGAAGGCAAAAAUGAUAAAGAAGAAGAAGUUUUGAGGCUUGUACUUUUAAGAUGAAGGGCUGAGUAGGAUUUAGAGGGUGAUGUUGUGCUCGAAUAGCAAUUUCAUCGCCAAGGAAUCAGAAUUGUUGCUUUGGUUUCUUCAUAUUCAUAAUGCAAAGCAUUCUUUGAUUCAAAGCUUUGCUUUUUUUUUUUCCAUUGUAACUUUAGAAAGCAGUUUUAAGGGUAGUUCACACUUUUUGAUUCUUACAAGUUUUCUGGCACCAAUUAUAAGCUGGUUUUUCUUUUUUCAUGAAUUCGUACUUGGGAUUUAUGCCAAGUAAUUUUUUUUCCAGGCAUGUUUUGAAAAAUCCCAUGAUUAAGGUAUAAAUAUAAUAAGGUAAUGAAGAUAGCAUUGGAAUCUCA